GCCAGCAAGACGUGCACCAACAAUUUGUCCUCUUUUGAACUCUGGUCACAGCAGUGUCAGACAUUGGUGGGAGGACUGUGGAUGAGGCCACGAGACGUAUGAUGUUCUUCAUCAUGGACUAUGGCCUGUCAAGGCAGUACAACUUUGUGGGCUGGAAUGGAAAGUAGGAAUUCAGGACUUUAAAUCUGUUUGAAGUCAUAUUUGGUCACAGCAGUGUCAGACAUUGGUGGGAGGACUGUGGAUGAGGCCACGAGACGUAUGAUGUUCUUCAUCAUGGACUAUGGCCUGUCAAGGCAGUACAACUUUGUGGGCUGGAAUGGAAAGUAGGAAUUCAGGACUUUAAAUCUGUUUGAAGUCAUAUUUGAGAUGCCUCUGUUUUCCUGUCAGAAUGCAACCUUGUUAUUGGAUGAUGUGAGAAAGCCUCCCUUUGAUAAAGGAAGAUUUCCCUUAUAGUCCCACAGAGGUAAAGUUUUCUUUGUGUUUAACCCAUCCCUCUGGGAGCAGUGGGCUGCCUACACUGAGUGGCACACGGGGAGCAAUCUGGAGCUGAGUGUCUUGCACAGGGACCCAUAGUGGCAUUCUGCGGGGAUCGGACCAGGUCCGACCUGCUGGGAAACGUUUAUCCUCUGAGUGAUGAGGAGUAAUUACACACAUAUGAAUCAGUGGACCUGCACCUGACUGGACUUUAUCGUUCCUGCAGCUGGGAUACAGGACCUCAUUUCCACGAGGAACCUCAAGCCAAAUUGUUUGUAUUAUAUUUUUGUAUCUUCUUUUUUCCUCCACAUCUUGGUAAUCAAUGCCAACCUGAAAGAAUUGAUCUUCAGCAUCACCCCCAUCAGUUCAUAUGAUCCUGUGUGCUCGACAAGGUGCCAGUUGUAAAGAGGCAGUGAUGAUAUCAGACACCUUCUGAUUUGUCUUUUUACCCAACCUGGUACAAAGGUGACCAUCAGCCCCUCACCCCAUCAGUGGUACUCGGUGUGAGGACACAUCACAGCUUGUUCUGAGGAAGCAUGGGCGACAUGAGCUGGGUUUGUCUGAGCCCUGCUGAGUUCAACCAGCUGCAGCAGUACAGCGAGUACUCCACAAAGAAGCUGAAGGAUGUUCUGGAGGAGUUUCAUGGUGGAGGAGUUCUUUCCAAAUACAACCCAGAGCAGAUGCAAGAUGUUCUGAACCAACCGAUUGACUAUGAGGGCUUCCAGCUCUUUAUGGCCACCUACCUGGAAAACGAUAUUCCAGAGGAGCUGUGUCAGCAUCUGUUCACCUCCUUCAAGAGCAAGACGGGACGUUGCUCUCCAGACCAGCCUCAGGCCGGAACCAGCUUGCUGGACGCUCGUUCCAUUGAUGCAGGCAUCUCUAUUCAGACUGAAGUGGCCUGUGCCCCCAUUACAGGGAUGAAUGGGAAGAGCAUCCUGUCUGCGAUGGGCCGACACACCCCGGAGCACUCCAGUGUGAUGAGUGCAGCAGGCUCAGGAGCCACAACGUCCCCUGGCUCCUCCCGCUCCUCCUCACAGCGUUCAGGAACAGCGGCCCACACGCCUGGGGGGCCCCAUCGGUCACCAUGCACGCAGGUCAAACCUUCAGAGGCCUGUAGCAACGCCCUUACCCCCAAUACUGGUUGUGCCAAGUCUUCAGUGUCGCCACAGCUCUCAUCAGAGAGGACCCGUUCAGAGAAGCUCCUGUCCCUGCACAGAAGCCCGUCACCUCAGAAACGCUCUCCGCAGACAUCACCCCAGGUGGUCUUUCUCAAGGACAUCGUCUGCUACCUAUCGCUGUUGGAAAGGGGGACGCCAGAGGACAAGCUGGAGUUCAUGUUUCGACUGUACGACACAGACGGCAACGGGUUACUGGACAGCUCAGAGCUUGAUCGCAUCAUCAAUCAGAUGGUGCAUGUGGCCGAAUAUCUGGAGUGGGAUUCAACAGAGCUGCGACCGAUACUGAAGGAGAUGAUGGAGGAGAUUGACUAUGACCGGGACGGGACGGUCACACUGGAGGAGUGGAUCAGAGGAGGCCUCACCACCAUCCCUUUACUGGUACUGCUGGGCAUGGACACGAACGUGCAAGAGGACGGGCAGCAUGUUUGGCGUCUGAAGCACUUCAACAAACCGGCCUACUGUAACUACUGCCACACCAUGCUGCUCGGCGUCCGCAAGCAGGGCCUCUGCUGCUCCUUAUGCAAGUACACAGUGCACGAACGCUGUGUGUCCAAAGACAUUGCUGCCUGCAUCAGCACCUACGCCAAGUCCCGCAGACACACCAAUGCUAUGCAGCAUGUUUGGAUGGAGGGGAACUCUCCAACAAAAUGUGAUCGCUGCCAUAGAAGCAUCAAGUGCUACCAGGGCCUGACGGGCAUGCACUGUGUCUGGUGUCAGAUCACGCUCCAUAACAAGUGUGCAUCCCACGUGAAGCCAGACUGUGACGGAGGGGCCCUGAGGGACCACACUCUGCUGCCAUCAUACAUUUGCCCCGUCGUCCUGGAUCGUCAUUCUACAGCAAAGCGCGGGGAGGGGGAUUCGCCUCCCAGCACCAGCCCUGAUGACCCUAACCAGACAUUUAAAUUCUCUCCCGGAGACGGCCAAGCACUGCAGAUCACCCCUCUCCCAGGAACUCACCCCCUCCUGGUCUUGGUCAACCCUAAGAGUGGAGGAAGGCAGGGGGAGAGGGUUCUCAGGAAGCUCAGGUAUCUGCUCAACCCCAGGCAGGUGUACAGUCUGGAGCAGGGAGGACCAAUGAAUGGGCUCAACUUUUUCCAUGAUGUACCUGAUUUCCGGGUGCUUGCUUGUGGAGGUGACGGUACUGUGGGCUGGAUCCUCGAUUGCAUAGAUAAAGUGAACUUUGCCAGACACCCUCCAGUGGCCAUCCUCCCUCUGGGCACAGGAAAUGACCUGGCACGAUGCUUACGCUGGGGAGGAGGCUAUGAGGGCGGCAGCUUGCUGAAGGUACUGCGGGACAUAGAACACAGCACUGAGGUGGUGCUGGACCGCUGGAACAUUGACAUUGUUCCUGACGACAAAGAGGAGAAAGGAGACCCUGUCCCUUACACCAUCAUCAACAACUACUUUUCUGUGGGAGUGGAUGCUUCCAUUGCCCACCGCUUUCAUCUGAUGAGGGAAAAACACCCAGAGAAGUUCAACAGCAGGAUGAAGAACAAGCUGUGGUACUUUGAGUUUGGCACCACUGAAACCAUAUCUGCUACCUGCAAGAAACUCAAUGAAUGCAUAGAGGUGGAGUGUGACGGGAUCAUCUUGGACCUCAGCAAUACAUCCUUAGAGGGCAUAGCUAUUCUGAACAUUCCCAGCAUGCACGGUGGCUCCAACCUGUGGGGCGAGACAAAGAAGAGAAGGAACUACAACCGAAUGAGCAAGAAGGUUGCAGACAGGAUGCCUGCCAGCACCAUCACAGAUGCUAAAGAGCUCAAGUUCUGCAUGCAAGACUUCAGUGAUCAGCUCUUGGAGGUGGUUGGCCUGGAGGGGGCGAUAGAAAUGGGACAGAUCUACACUGGGCUGAAGAGUGCUGGACGCAGAUUGGCUCAGUGCGCCAACGUCACUAUCAGGAUCUCUCGGCGGCUCCCCAUGCAGAUUGAUGGUGAGCCCUGGAUGCAGCCGCCCUGCACGGUCAGGAUUACGCACAAGAACCAGGUCCCCAUUCUGCUGGGCCCGCCUCAGAAGACGCCAUUCUUCUUCUUCAAGAAACGCAACUGCAGUCGUGACUAGGACUAAUGUCCCCCAACUCAGAAACACACACACAUUUAUACAGUACACAUAUGCACACACAGGCCUCCUGCUGCACAAGUGACUCAAUCAAUCAGAUAACAGCUGUGUUGCUGCCAGGUUGGAUUAUAGGCAUGGCUAGUUCAUUUUGUUUCUGAAGUUAGGAUGUCUAGAGAAAUGUUAUUCUUAAAAGAACCUACAAAAAAGGCAACAGACAGUAUCAACCAUCAUCCUUGAGUCCAAAAACAUCCUCAGUCAAACUCCUGCCCAGAAAAUCCAAGUCACACACCAAUACUUCACUGCCAGCUGAACCCCGCUGCUGGGUCUGGACGGUCAGAGAGGCGGAUUAUACGACGAUUCAUUAGAGACUGAAACACACUGCAGUGAGGAGGGCUGCCGAGUGAGCGGAGUGAACUCCUCGCCUUGGUUAAAAUACCUGGAUGAAUAAUGAAACAACGGCUGCUUGCAAGAGCACUUCGUGUCUGGGUCUCCCCACAGACUCUCAUCACGCCAUACCAAAGGAAAGACCUCAUCCAUUAUUAACUGACUGUGUUUGCAGAUUGAUGGCAUCAUGGUGUAACAGUGGCCCGGAAAGGAUUGAAGCAUGCAGGGACUUAGUAUCUGUAGUAUCAAUGUCCUAAAAACGAAACAGAAAAAACCUUUAGACCACAUUUCCUGGUUGUGCAGAUGAUCAGGCAGAGAAAGCAACGGCCCUCCUAUCUCUAUAUACUCAGUCUGAACUGAAAGUAGAACAUAGCAAUGAGGUUCACUUUUGUUUUUUGUUUAAAAAUGAUGCAUGUGCUAUAACACUAACUUCCCAAUUUAAAUAGGAUCAGCCCCUGUGCACAGUACAGCACACACUAGAAAGAUUCUAGUGUGCCAAAGUAAAACCCUUCAGGGGUCCAAAAGCAGGGCCAGUUAUUUAAUUUUUAUUUAUUGAAAUAUUAGUAGGUCAGACAAAUUUCUGUGUCUACUGCAAGGAGGAUUUCUGUUCCUGAGACCCUAACCUCAGUAAUGGAGUCAAACGCUGAAAGUGUGCUGCCAGCCCUUCUCCAAGAUCCAUCAGAGAAAUAAAACAGAGUUGCUAGAAAUUUAAGAGUAAUAUUAAUAUUAAGUUUGGUGUUUAUAAGAAAUAUAUCCAUAUUAUUGUCUCAACAAAGUAUAUUCUAAUGUGCAAAUAGAAUAUGUAUAUUUCUGUAAACUAGCUCUAGCUCACAUAUACUGUAACUGUACACAUGAAUGUCUUUUAAUAUAUUGUUAAUCUGUGGCAUAUUUGGUUCAGAUCACUAUUCCGCUGCUGCAGUCACUCUCCAAAGGCACCUUUCCACUCUGUCUAACUCUAAUCAGAUCAAAUUAUAGUCAUGGUGUAAAAGAGAAACCAGCUAUAUGAACUCAUAUCACAACUUAAAAAAGGGUAUGUUCUUUGCCAGAUUAUAAAAUGAUUAAAAUCUAACCCCAGGUCUACAAAAAGACACACCAGGCCUCACAGUAUAACUAUUAAUUAAACAAAGAAGAAGCUAAAAGGGUAAAGCUGUGUGUAUAAAACUGAAAACCUCACUGCUUCCUUGGGAUUUAAGAAGUAAAGCCGCAGUCAGACAGCUGCCAGGCUGUCCAAGGUGGAUGUCUUGGCAAAUUUACACCAGAUAGUCUGAGAAAUAUUAAAAUCAAAGCAAAAGAACUCCAUCUCAGAUUGCCCAGGCAUAAGUUAGCAUGGUGAAAUGGUCAUGACAGAAGUAUAUAGAGACAGAACAAGUGAGACUUGCAUGGGAGGGAUGCCAGGAGAAAGCUUCUUCUCUCUAAAAAGAAUAUGGUUGCACAACUUGAUGAACCACAAGACUUCUGCAACAACAUAGUCAUGUAUGGAGAGAAUACAUAGUUACAAACACCUCCAAUCAGCUGCCCAGCACCUAGGUAGAGGGCUGAGCAUGAACUCCUACGUAUGUAUAGUAUUUUACAGCCAGACGUGAGGCCAUCUGUUUGGCAGCUGCAGUUUGGCUGAAACUGGUUCAUCAACAAGGAAGUAGCUAUGUUUACAUGCACAUAAUUUCCCAAUCGGAUUGAAAUCUAGUCAGACUAAAAAGCCAAAAAUAAUUGGACUGUACCCUUUAUAUGGGCACAUAAUUGAUUUAUCUGAUCAUAAUGUGCGUGUAAAUGCACCUGGCUUUAUUCAGAACAGAACUUGACUUUGUAAAGUGCCUUG